AACUUAAAAAAAGAAAAAUGUCCCCACCAAAAAAUUCCUAAUUGAAAAUCCAGAUUGUAAAUUAAAAUCAACAACUCCUCUAUCUUUCUCUUUUCUCAUUUCUCUCUCUCAUUGUCAUCUUUGUUUCUGCCCCCUAAAUUUCCCCAACUUUUUCGGGGAUUACUAGAAACAACUACUCAAACUCCAGUAGUAGUAGUACUUACUACUAGUAGAAGUAGUCCAACUAACUUCACCUAAACAACAACAACAACAAGAAUGUCGUCGACUUGCAUUCCUACUGCCGCCGUUGUUGUCGCCGAGAAGUCCACUUCCACUACCACUUCUUCACUCUCUCUCCUCCGCCGUCGCCGUUGCACUAAUCAUUCUCACUCUCUCUCCAAUGUCGCUUUUUCUCUCUCCUCCAAUCUCAAGCUUCGCGUUUUUACUCAGACUUCACGGCCUGUUUUCACACAUGCUGUAGCAGCUAAGGCCCAGCUAAACAAUGCUGGCUUAGGCGGAUCUUCAAGUGGAGCUGCUCAAUCUAAAUCUGAAGCACCCUCAAAGGAGAUAAAGAAUGGCAAGCCGUCAAGUGAAUCUGUCCCAACACCAUUGGCAUCAGAGGAUUCAAUUUCUGAAUUCAUCUCCCAAGUUGCAAAUCUUGUCAAACUUGUUGAUUCGAGAGAUAUUGUGGAGUUGCAGAUGAAGCAAUAUGAUUGUGAGCUUUUGAUCCGUAAAAAGGAAGCCAUAACACAAGUGUCACCUCCUCCAGUGUAUAUGAUGCAAUCACCUUCUGCACCACCACAAGCCAGCCCACCUGCUGUAGCAGCUCCUUCUGCACCUACACCUGCAACAUCUCUGGCACCUGCCGCACCAGCUGCCAAACCAAACAAGUCAUCAGUUCCACCCCUUAAGAGCCCUAUGGCGGGGACAUUCUAUCGGAGCCCGGCACCAGGGGCUCCAGCAUUUGUAAAGGUUGGGGACAAAGUGCAGAAAGGACAAGUUGUAUGCAUUAUUGAAGCCAUGAAGUUAAUGAACGAAAUUGAAGCUGAUCAAUCAGGCACCGUCGUUGAAGUUGUCGCAGAAGACGGGAAACCCGUCAGCUUAGAUUCUCCGCUGUUUGUCAUUCAGCCAUAGAAAUGAUAACUGGCCGGGAGAAUGUCUGAUAUGUUGGUUAAACUCCUUUAAACUUGUAGACAAAGAUUAUUCUAAUUCAGAUGAGGUGUUAGAUGAAGUCGAAAAAGAAUUUCUUAUUUAUUUAUUUAUUUUCAACCACUUGGAUUUUUACACUGAGGAAUAGUCAGUGUUUGUUUUCUCCCUUUUUCUUGUACCCUCUGCAAAAAAAAAAAGGAAAAAAAAAAGAGAUUCUUAGUUUUGGUCUGACGUGAACAUUUAGUAGGGCAAUUUACUCCUAUUUUUAGUUGUGCAUCUCCAUUUGGAUCUUGAAAUUGGCCUACUUUUACUAUAUUUUUUGAGUUGAUUACCUUUUUCCUUUACCAAUUGA